UCAAAAUAUAAGAAGAAAAGUGUUUUAGAUAUUUGUGUUUAUUGGUAAAAUAGUUAAUAUUAAUAUGCCAAACAGUCGCGCAGUUUUGUUGUUGCGACGGUUGUCCUCAAACGAUGGUAAAUUGAAGAAUAUUAAUAUAAAUCCGAAUACUAAAGAAGUAUUCACGGCAAAUUAUCCUAUCUGUAACCACAGGGAUUUUUGUUGGAACGUUAGGGCUUCUGCAUUCUGCAACAGUCAACAAUCAAAUUCACCUCAAAGUAUACGAAAUAUAAGUGAAAAUAUAAUAAGAAUGGCUGCUUCUAGUACAGAUGGUGUUUUAGGUGAAAAACAUAAAUUUACCAAUAAAUUAAUUCAUGAAAAUUCACCAUAUCUUCAGCAACAUGCCCAUAAUCCUAUUAAUUGGUACCCAUGGGGACCAGAAGCAAUUAACAAAGCCAAAAAAGAGAAGAAACUUAUAUUUCUUUCCGUGGGAUAUUCCACAUGCCACUGGUGCCAUGUAAUGUCAAAGGAAUCAUUUCAAAAUGAAGAGAUUGCAAAAAUUUUGAAUGAUAAUUUUAUAAGUAUUAAACUAGACCGUGAAGAGAGACCAGAUAUAGAUAGAGUUUAUAUGAUCUUUAUUAUGGCUACAUCUGGACAUGGUGGAUGGCCAAUGAAUUUAUUUCUGACUUCUGAUCUUAAGCCAGUCCAUGGUGGCACUUACUAUCCCCCGGAAGAUCAAUGGGGUCUCAAAGGUUUUAAAACAAUUGUUCGGGAAAUUGCUGAACAAUGGAGAGCCAAUCCACAAAGUCUUUUAAGCUUUGGUAAUAGAAUCGUAGACCAUAUGAAAGUAGCAUCAAAACUAAGCUACAGAAAUGCAGCUGUUCCUGGUGAAGCAACUUGGUUAAAAUGUGUCGAUAAAUAUAUGUCCACAUAUGAUCCAGGGUUUGGUGGAUUUGGAACUUCCCCUAAAUUUCCUCAAGUACCUGCUUUCAAUUUUCUUUUUCAUUUUUAUGCCAGAGACAAGAAUGACCCCAAGGGAAAGCAGUGUUUGAAUAUGGUUCUACAUUCAUUAACCAAAAUGGCUAAAGGUGGUAUACAUGAUCAUAUUUCCAGUGGCUUUGCGCGAUAUUCAACUGAUGAUCAUUGGCACUUACCACAUUUUGAAAAAAUGUUGUACGACCAAGCACAGUUGAUGAGCACCUACUCUGACGCAUACCUGGCAACCAAAGAUGAAUACUAUGCAGAUGUUGUUCAUGAUAUUAUUAAGUAUGUCAACCGAGACUUGAGACAUGAAUAUGGGGGCUAUUAUAGUGCUGAAGAUGCUGACUCAUAUCCCUACUUUGGAGCUCCCGCAAAGUUUGAAGGAGCAUUUUAUGUGUGGGAAUACAAGGAAUUGAAAAAAUUGUUGAAAGAUAAAAGAAUUGGAUCUCAUUCUUAUUUAGAUAUUUUCUGCUACUAUUAUAAUGUCGGCGAAAGUGGUAAUAUACCGAUUGAGUAUGCACAUAAGGGCGAACUGCAGAAUAAAAAUGUGUUAAUUAUUUAUGGAACUGACGAAGAAGCAAUCCGAAAAUUUGGACUCACGAAAAAACAAUUUAAAAAAGUUAUAAAUGAAUGUAAGGAAAUAUUAUUCAGAUACCAGCAAAGCCGACCAAGACCACAAUUGGAUACAAAAAUACUGUGCUCAUGGAAUGGUUUGAUGAUUGCUGGCUUAGCACAUGCUGGUCAGUGCUUGGAGGAGAAGAAGUAUGUAGAAGAUGCGAUAAAAACUGCUUACUUUGUUAAAGAGUAUUUGUAUAACUCAGAUACAGGUACACUUAUACAUUCUAGCUACAGAGCUAAUGAUGGAAGAAUUAUUUAUGGUAACGAGCCAGUGAUCGGAAUAUUGGACGACUACGCGUUUCUGAUACGCGGUUUAAUCGAUCUGUACGAAGCAUCUCUAGACCAGCAAUGGCUGAACUGGGCCAGGCAGUUGCAGGCGAAGCAGGAUGAACUGUUCUGGGAUAAUGUUGGCGGCGCUUAUUUUACCUGCUGUGAGGCAGAUAAAACCGUUGUUGUUAGGUUGAAAGAAGACCAAGACUGUGCAGAACCGGCUGGCAACAGCGUGGCCUGUCAGAACCUCCUCCGUCUCGCGGCACACGCGGACAAAUCCCCCGCGCCCCGGGGAGGGGAUAGAGAGAGGGAUUUGGCCAAAAAGCUGUUGCAAGCUUUCGGUGCAAGAGUACACAAGGCCCCGGAAGCCUUGCCCGAAAUGGUCUCCGCGCUCAUGCUGUAUCAUGAUUCGCCGACUCAGGUGUUGAUAUCAGGCCGCAGGUCGGACCCUCGCACCAUGGAACUAGUGCGGGUGGUGAGGUCUCGGCUGCUGCCGGGCCGCGUGCUGGCCGUCACCGACCCGACUAAUGAGUCGCCUGCUGUACUCAGUCGAAUACGCACAGCGGGAGAUGCCCCAGCGGCCUACGUAUGUCGGAGAUAUGCGUGCUCUCUUCCCGUCACUGAUGUCAAACAAUUAGAGGAUUUACUCGACGAACCAAUCAAACGCAGUAUAAAUAAUAAUAAAUAUUAGCCUUGUGACGUGCUGCACUGGGAUUGGUUGAAAUGUAGCUGUAGUUGUCUGUUAUUGGUCAAUUUAAUAGUCCACAUCUUUUAUUUAAAAAAUCUAGUUACUAGUUGCUAAAUGUUAAUUUUUAAUGUUAUAUCCAAUUGUUUUGAAACGGGUAGAUUGCAAAAUUUUAGUACUCAAGUACAUUUUGAUUGUUAUAUUAUAAGGAUUUUAGUCCAAUUGUAUUACAAAGUAGAUAGAAAAAUAUGUCGAUGUUGUUGCGAUAAAAAAAAAAUAUCUUGACAGUAUUUAAUCUCAUAAUCAAGCUCAUAAUAUACUCAAUAGUAGUCAGUAGAAUAAUGAGGGUAACACUCAGUCAUAUUUUAGCCUAGUGAAUAAAUGUUUUUAAAACUUUAAACGAACAUACUUUUGCUCGUAAAAUCAAUAGAUACAUGUUGUUAUAAUACUCGAAUAUGUAUUAAUUAAAUAACUGAAAUUUUAGAUCUCUGUGUAGUUGUUGUUUGAAAGAUUACCUUGAUGUUACACAUUAUAACUUAUACUUAGAUCAUAAAAAUAAUACGUGAAGUAACAUAACAUUAUGACUCUUAUGUAAGAAUACUCAAUAAGUUAUACUAACAAAUGCUUCCUAAAUAUUAUUUUUGACUGUUACUAUUAUUAUAAAUAUAUUAUGUUCGGUUAAAAAUUAUUAGAGAAAUCUAUUUGUUAUACAUUAUAUUUAAGAUAACAAGAUCGCAUAAUCUUUACCUAUGUUGCAAUAUAUUUAUUAUUUAUUUUAUAUUAUAAAAUAUUAAGUUAUAUAUUUUAUGGAGUUGUAUAAAAAGUUGGCCACUAAAAGUGGAAAAGAAAGGUCUGAUAAAGUGAUAGGACUAUAAAUCUCGAAUUUCGUAUACGUUUUGGUAGCUAUAUCAUUUUGUGAUGAAAAUAUUAAUAAAGUGUGUAGUGCCAAAAGAAA